UGCAUGCGCCAUGUUCACGGGCUGACUGAAGUGAUGCGGUAGUGUGAAAAAAAAAUGUUACACGAAUAUCGGUCUACUUUUCUCCUGAUACGGCGACCACUAUUAUUACUGUCCUUGUUUUCACUAAACACUAAGUCCACACUAGAUGUUUUCUGCCGACAAACUACACUCACGGUGUCCACACUUGUGCGCGCGUUUGAAGUUGCUGUCCAGUUGUGUUGUAAUACUGGAUUACUGGAUUCCAAGUACUCGACAAUUUAACCCCAUCUUCGUAACCCGUAUCUUACGAACAUUAUAAGAAUGUUUAAGCAAUAUGUUGUGAAAUUUAAUGUAACUUGUAAUAAACACAUAAAUCAGCUUAUUAAAUAUCAAAAAGGAAAUAAGGUUGAGUCGAGUGGUAGUGAUAAAGCAUUAACGUCACCGACGAAGCCAGCGCUUGAGCAACUCGACCAGUCAGCGCCUAAACAGGUCGUUCCACUAAGCCAGCCGUCGCAGACGUAACCUUCUCCUCAAUCCUCACAUUUAGAAAUAAGUACAGAGCUCCCUGAGCAAUCGAGUGACAGUGAAAUGUGACAGAACAUGGUGGUGACGCUGAGGUCUUUGAAGGCAGUGGUGUGACGCCCGGUCAAUCGCCUGAACUCGUUGCUCAAUCGCUACCAAAACCGAGAGUACUAACAUCUUCCGUGCGAUCAAGUACAAGUCCUGAAAUUGAUGUGAGAGCAAUGAUGCAUAAGUGUGCGUGCACGCGCACAGAAUGAUCAGUAAUAAACCAGCUGUCAAAGUGAUUGGGCGUUUCAGUUUACAUUCCACGCACUUAUACUACAAAAUUACAAAUAGACUAUCGUUUAUUUAGUACUUGAAAUCCGCUCUAGCUACACGAGUCUGUGUAGUCCUUUAAAAAAAGGGUAAGCAUAAGAUUUCGAGAAUAAUAAUGGAACACUUUGAUAAUGUCGCUAACUUUUACGCGGGAAAAUCGAUUUUUAUCACCGGUGGUACUGGCUUCCUUGGAAAGGUAUUAAUAGAAAAGCUUUUGUACAGCUGUCCGAAAUUAGAUAAUAUCUAUGUUCUGAUUCGUGGAAAGAAAAAUGCAACACCUGAAUCUAGGUUACAAGAAAUGCUUAACCAGCCAGUAUUUAAAAGAUUAAAAGGGGAAAGAGCAAAGGAUCUGAAAAAAGUUGUAGCGAUAACCGGAGAUAUUGCUGAAGAAAAUUUGGGAAUUCAAGAGGAAGAUGAAAAGAUACUAGUGGAAAAGGUGGACAUUGUCAUUCAUGCAGCUGCUACGAUAAGAUUCACAGAACCAUUACGAAUAGCAAUGAAUUUGAACUUCGAAGGAACAAAACGUGUUCUUAACUUGAGCAGGAAAUUAAAAAAAUUGCAGACAUUGGUAUACAUAUCAACCGCAUACUCUAACUCGAAUCGUCAAUACAUAGAAGAAAUAAUUUACCCGCCACCGGCUUCAUACAAACACGUGUAUGAAAUAAUAGAGAAGUACGGAGAUGAUGCUGAACAGACUAACAAUAUUAUAGUGAUCAAUUACAUUUCAGGUGACCUACCUAACACGUAUGUGUUUACAAAAGCGUUAGCGGAGAAUUAUGUUGCAGAAAACCAUGGAAAUAUACCAACUAUUAUUAUUAGACCUUCCAUUGUAACAGCUAGUGAGAAAGAGCCCUUAGAAGGAUGGAUAGACAACUGGGCCGGGGCAACAGCAAUCAAUACGAUGAUUGCCCUCGGUUUUCUCAGGGUGCUGUUUGGCAAAUCUUCGAACAUAAUAGAUUUGAUUCCCGUCGAUUUUGUCUCGAAUUUAACUAUAGUGGCGGCUGCGAAAUGUAACAGAUCUAAAGAAUUGCGAGUAUACAAUUGUAGCAGCAGUGGAACGAACCCUUUACCAAUCGUCAACUUGUGUAAAUCAUUCAUAAAAGGUGCUGUUAAGCAGAAAAUAAAUGUGGUACCAUUUCCAACAAUAAUGUUUACACAGAGCUUUUUUGUUGCUAAAAUUAUAAUCUUCCUAACUCAGCUACUACCGGCUUUUGUAUUGGAUUGUUUUCUACGCUUAAGGGGUAAGGAAGCAAGACAUGUAAAGAAGCAAAGGAAAAUAAUUAAUUUGUUUUACAUAUUACAAUACUUUACGAAUAAUUCGUGGUCAAUACAGUCGACACAAACUGAAUCUCUAUUUGCGUCUCUAACACAUUGUGAUAAAGAUACUUUUCCAUGUGACAGUUCUGCAAUAAGAUGGUCCGAAUAUACGUCCGUUUAUUUUAACGGCAUCAAAUCAUAUUUGUUGUGAUUUUAAUGGUGUUUUUAAUUUUGUAGACAUGUGUAUGGUUUUAACAAAUCUUUUUUCCAUUAAAAUAUUG